CGAUUUCCAUCGACUUCACGGACAUGGGAAAGGUGAGUGAGGCAGGGAACUCACAAGUCAUGGUCAUCGUGGACCGUUUUUCCAAAUUUCUGAACUUGAUUCCUUUCCCUCCCCAUGCCCCAACUGAACUUGUCAUCGAAAAAUUUCAUCAGCAGUAUAUUCUGCAGUUUGGCCACCCGAAAACUAUUAUGAGUGAUCGGGACACCAGAUUUACUAGCAAAGAUUGGAAGAACUUCACCUCGCAAAUCUAUGACAUUAAACUCAACAAGACUUCUGGUCGACAUCCCGAAGCCAAUGGAUUGGCCGAGGAAAUCAACCAGACUGUCAUUCAACUGCUUCGCGCGCUAAUUGUUCCAGAUCAGAACACGUGGGACAAGGAGUUACACAAAGUGAAAGGAUUGUACAACAACUCCAUUCAUUCUGCAACAGGUGUGACACCGAAUCAGCUGCAAUACGGAUGGCAGCUGCUCAAUCCUCUCUCCUAUCUGUUCCCCGAACGGUCACCUGGUCUGACGCCCGGCAUGCCUGGCUACAAUGCCCAGUACGGACGCCUGCUCAAAGUUGCUAUUGCAGCAAUGAACAAGCGUCAACAUGCCAUGAUCAAACAUGCAAAUAAGUCGCGCAAAGAAGCGAACUUCAGAGUAGGAGAUUAUGUCUGGGUCAAAAUGUCUGAGUUUUCUGAUGAAGAAGGCGUAUCACGAAAGCUUCUUCCAUUGUACUAUGGCCCUUGGCAGGUUCUGAAGGUGAUUGGGGAUGAUUUUGGUCCUUCAUAUGUGAUUGAUGUGCCUCCUCAUCUGCGCACAUAUCCGGUCUUUCAUGCAUCCAAACUGUUUCCACACAUCGAUGAUGAAACUUUUCCCUUCCGAGAUCCUAUGAUACCUCGUCCUAUUGACGACGGCCAUGAGAUAGACAAAAUCGUUUCCCAUGAAGGCAGAGGGAGAAACAGACAAUAUAAGGUUCACUUCCUCUAUCACCCGUUGAACGAGUUUUUCUGGAUUGACUGGAAAGAGCUGCUAAAGAAUGCUCCACGGCCAAGCUGUGAUCCUGGACCUGCAAGAGAACAUGAUUGUGAUCCCCCCAAGGUGCCAUUUGCAGCGACAUCACUCCUCCAGAGCUUUUCGAGGAAGAAAAAGAGGAAGGAGCCAAGCGACAAUCAUGGCAUCAGGUCAGAGAUUUAUUCUGCUCCGGGACGUGGAACAGGCUGUGCUGGGCAGUUGGGGAAGAUGGCACCACAUGGGAAGAGCCAGCCAUUCCUCCUGUCGUCUUCACCCUCAGUAUCUUGCAAGUCCUGUCUGGCAUCCAGCGGUGAACCUCUGCACUCGGUGUGCAUUUGGCCAACAGAUUCAUUGUCCAGUCCGAGCAGCUCCAUCACUGGGAGAGCGGAGCAAAGAUGCAGGAUGAAAAGAGGGAGGAGGCUCUCAGGAUAUGGAGGAGGUGACAAGGAAGUGAUGUCCGGCCCAACGGCGCCACAUUCUCCUACUUGCACUCCUCCAUCGACAAUGACGUACAUAGGGGAGAUUCUGCCAACGGAAGGGCUCGGCAUUGUCAGCCCUUUGUUGCUUUCCCAGAUGAUGGCAAUGCAGGAGCAGCAGCUUCAGAUGGAACGGCAUGGAAGAGGGCUUGCAGAGACAGCCACUAAAAAGCUGGAAGAAGCCCUUGGUGCAUCUAGGAGGGAGCUGAACAACUUGAGGAGACAGAUGGAGCAGGCUUUGGCUGCAGAGAGCAAAAGGAGGCAGGAAACUGAGCUGCCACUGCACAAAGAGAGGAAACAAAAAGAGAUUGCAGAGUCUUCAUUCAAGACGACCCGCAAAAAGUUGAUGCAGAAGGUCCUCGACAAGGAAAGAACUGUGAGAAAGCUGGCCGAAGGUAAGGUUCGUGAUCUGAGCAAGGAGUUGAAUGAUCUACGAUUGGAAAUGGAAAGGACUUUGCAAAGCGAGCGAACAAAGCGAGAAAAGUUGGAGGUGGCGUUGGAGUAUGAGAAACGUGAAAGAGAAGCAGAAGUUAAGAAGAUGAAGGAGAAAGAAAGAGAGAGGGUGGAGGAGAUAAUGAACAUGUGGGAGGAGAAGUUGGCCAAGGGCGUGGAGGGUGAGAGAUGCAAGUGGUUCAUGGCAUUGGAGCAGGAGAAAAUAAAGCGAGAGAUUCUGGGAAGAAUACUGAACGAUGAGUGGGUAAAGAGAGGGAAGCUGGAUCAGUGCUGGGAGACAGCCGUAGUCAACCAAGAGGUCGACAUUAGGCUCAAUGAAAUGGAAGAAAAGGCUAGAAGAGAGGUGGCAGAAGAGAAGUUGAAUGAUGAGAGGGAGAGCAGCAGGAAGGAUUGUGAGGGACGUUGGAGAGAAGAGAGGGGUUGUAGGGAGGAGGCCGAAUGGGCAAAGCAGGCUGAAGCACAACACCGGUGGCAAAUAGAGGAGGUGCUCAAGGAAUUGAAACUCGGAAAGGAGGAUAUGGAAAUCAAGCUGGCGAGGGAGCGGGAGAGGAGAGAAGAGGCAGAAGAGAAGCUACGGGGAGUGGAGAAAGAUAGACGAGAGGUGCAAGUGGGGCUGAAGAGGAGCAUUGCUCAGGCAAUGGAAAUGGAGAGGGAAGCAAGCAAGGGGGCACAGCGAUUGGAGAGGAUGAUGGCGAUGGCACUGGAGGAAACUGGGAAGCGGUUGAGUCUGGAGGAUAAGUGGCAAGAAGAGAAAAGGAAGAGGGAGGAGAUGGAUGCAAAGUUCCAAGAAGAAAAGCUUAGGAGAGAGUUGCUGGAGACAGUAGUGCUGCGUGCAGAAAAGAUCUCAAAGUUGAGCACUGAUAGGCUAAGGUUAAGUGAGCAGAGGGUAAAGAAGCUAGUUAGAGAGCAAAUGGAAAUGUCGAGGGAGUUUGAAGAAGAGAAACGGAAACUCAAGGAGGCAUUGGAAGUUAUCAGGGUGGAGCAUACACAACGACAGGCAAUUGAGGAGGUGCUAAGGAAGAACAUGCGUUAUGCAGAGGAUGACAUUUUAGCAGACCUCAGAACAGAGGGGAAAACAGAGACAGAAGCGUGGGGGAAGGGGCAUCAAGACAUGAAAAGGAGACAGUAUGGGAUGACUCAGGAGGUAGUGAGUGUAGCUAGAAAGGAGGAGGGGAGGGAGAUACAUGUGGAAGGGGGGCUCCGUGAGGGUGGGCUGACUGAUAGGAGUUGGGGGCUCCGUGAGGGUGGGCUUACUGAUAGGAGUUCAAACGCGAUGACUAAUGUGGAGGCAUGGGGAUUGACUAGGAAGAGAAUCCCAGAUAUGGCAGGAGAACAAGUAUUAGACUCUGAGGCUCUGGAAAAGAAAGUGGGAGAGGUAGAAACGGGAGCUUUCCUGGGCACGAGAGAUGUUCCUCCUUAUCAUCUUAUGGACCAGGCAAGUGUCAUGCCGCAGGACUCGGGAACGUGUGUUUUGGAUGCUGGGGUGAAUUCUGCAAAGCCGGUCGAUGAGAAAACUGGGGACUCUGUAAUGCGAGAGGGGGCUGAUGACGAUGGGCUUUCCGCAGGUAGCCACCUUAUGUCUGAUAACAGGAAGGAAUUCUUAGUUAGAUCUUCACAAGAGAGGAUAGGUGAGAGGGAGAAGAGAGCGAUUGCAGACGGGAGAGUAGAUGAUUGGUCAGAGCCCAUGAGUAAAGAGUCUACAUUAAUAGACAGGGGUCAAACGCAGCACAACGGGGCAAUGGUGAGGCCGUCUCUGGAUCUCACGGACAGACUGAAGAUAGAACCUCCACCAUUGAUUGCUCGGUGUGAAAUGUCAACUAGUGCAGCCAAACAAGGGCGGUCAGAAUCGCCAAGAGCGGAAGAUGAAGCAACUCAGUGCAGAGAGUCGGAUGUAGAGCAGUCGGAGGGGCCGCCACAAGGGGGAACAAGCGAAGAAGCUCUUGUGGCAGUCGAGGGAGGUGAGAAACGAAGACAGAAAAAUGAGAAAAGGAAGCAGCAGCAGUACCCAGGACUUGGGUUGGCUGUCACGGAAGCUUUUGGGAGACUGAUGGACGAGGAGAUUAGGGAGGUUGCCGGAGUCGUUGGUCGCAGAGCCAGAUCACGAAAAGAAGAGACUUGGCAGAGAUACCCAGGCUGUGGGGCCAUGGGGAGAACUGGUGGACAUGACACCUCAGAUGACGAGAACGGCAUUGGAGAGGCAGAGCGGACUAGAGAGAGCAAUCCAUUUCAGCCGAUUGCCAAGGAGUGCAGAAUGGAGGCGUGGCUGACGUCUCAGGAGGAGAUGAUGAGAAAGCGGACAGCAGUGACCAAUAGAUUGUUGAAUGUGGAUGUGAAGGUAGAGGAAACAGGAAGAAGAAAAGGGGAAAGCGAGUUAGGAAGAGAUGAUCCGCGUGCCAUUGAUGCCAGUCCAGGUGGAUGCACGCCAACAAACGCCGAGUCAGACGCAAGAGAGAGAAAUCAGCCACUGAUUUCUGCCAGGAGUGAAGGAAACACGUCGGAAUCAUCUUCUCGGCUGGAGAUGUUGAGUAAUGCUGAAGAGGAGAGAGAAGGGGUGCUGUACGUGCUUCAGCUUGUGAUGAAACGAGCUGUGGAGGACGUCAUGAAGGGAUUGAGGGCAGUUGAGAAAGUUGACGGCAACUGGAAGAUCUCAGCUGCCGUAAUGACUCUGAUGUGCAACGAGGUCCAAUACUGGUGGCAGCGAAUGUGCAAGGCAUCCAAAGAUAUAGGAGAAGAGCGAAAACGGAGAGGGAAUCAGAUAGGGAACAUUCCCUUGGGAGAGCUCGUGAGAGAGGUGGCAGAGGUGGUACUGAAAGGAAUGGAGAUGGUGCGCACCUAUUGUGACCUACAAGUGGAGGAGAGGGCAAGGAGACAGAAAAUUGAGGCAGAUUUGGAGGAAGCACUGGCUAUUGUGGAAAUAGAGAUCCAGAGGGAGCACGAGCUGAGAGCCAAGCAUGGCAUGGCAAUGUUCCACAGCAAAGAUAAGGUCACACGCGGUAAGGCUGAUCUGAAAACUCAGCAGAGGAGAAGGCAGAGAUCAAGAAAAGAGAAAAGUGACACUGUAAAAGAAAAAGGGGAUGGAUCAACAAAGGGAUGGAGUGCAGCAAGUCGCAGAAACCGCAGAAGACAGACCGUUAUCGAGUUCGGCGAGUGAGAAGGUCUUCUCAGGCCUCACUAAUGACCAAUUCCAUCUUCCUGGUUGCAUAAGGUAUUGAUAAUGUCCGCCGCUGUUUAUGCGCAUAUGCCACUGUGACCUGCGGGGAUGUGACAACCAGUCCGCCAGCCCCUCCCUCUUUCCUGUAUGAUCAUACCUCUUUUCCGCACAAUUGGCCUGCCUUCUUUUCAGCCAUUGACCUAAAGGAGCUGAGGCCUGAUGGUCGAUCGACAGUUUGUGUCUGAUGAUUGGACUUAAUUGAACAUGUCCUGAAAAUCGUUCUCAAGGCUCCGCCAUAGCGAGAAGCAAAUAGUAAUUGUUUACGGAUAGGCUACAUUGGAGCACCAGCCAGAGAGGGAAAUCAUUAGCAGUGGGAGGGGGAGGAGCAGACAAAACAUUACAAGUAGGAAGGUCAGGAAGAGGAGGUAAGGACGUAGGAAGAGGAGGACGAGCGGGGAAGCAUGGGUCUCCCCCUGCCAUUGCUUCCUUUGGUAGUGUCAGUUCCAAGCAGGCGGCAUGUGCAGCAUGCCGUUUCUUGUCAUGGGCAGCAAACAAGUAUGCAGGACAAGGGUUCACUGUCACAUGGCAACCGCCAAGAAGGUGUCAUGUCCAACGUCCCACAUCGCUGCCAGGUACUGGCUAUUAGCAACGCGCUAUUAGCAACGCACCAGCAGAGACAAUCUUGGCAGUGAUAACAUAGAACAGAGAACCGUCCGCUAUAUUAUCCGAAUUGCAUGUUAACUGGAAGUAAAGGAAACAGGUUGCGGUAAUGAGAUCGGUGUACAGCAGUUAUUCCAGCUCGUGUUCUCAUCAUAUUAUUGUCGCAGGCGGCAGGCGGCAGGAGAUAUUUGCUUACAAGAUGUACGGACUUUGCUUUCUAGUGUUUUGUCAUCCGGAUGGAGUCCAAUGAGAUCAUGUAUACAAUGAAGGAUGAUAAUCUACUUUAACCAAAAAAAAAAACAUAAUGUGAAUCAUGGUUAACAUCCGGACGUCCGAACCGCAGUACAGACGGUCUGGGUCCGGAUGUCUAGGUCAGGUGUCCGGUCCAUCCAGAGUGUCCGGAUCCAUUCCCCCACCCCAGCCCCCCAAAGAAAAACUACUUACAAAAAAGUAAAAAAAUCUGCAGAAACGAUAUGGUAUGCAGCAUUGCGGUACGGAAAUCCUUUGGCUGAGCACCAUCUCGAAAUAGCGAAAUGACAGAAUUCCAAAUUGCAACAUCACAUUGAAAGCCACACAAAAAAGCUUAGCUGCAAUAGGCUAACUUAGGCAUGGGUGAGGGGUGGUACAUCCUUCGCGCAGGAAGCAAUCAAUGCCGCCCACUCGG